AUCAUCACCAUCAUCAUCAUCAUCAUCAUCAUCAUCAUCAUCACCACCACCAUCAUCCUAUUCAGCAGUCAUGAUCCCUCGUUGUAUCCUGCUGGUUCUGCUGGUUCUUGUCUGCCUUCAGUCCUCCGCAACAGCCGAAAGUGAAAGCGGACCAUCUCAGUGCUGUUUCAGGUUUCAGACACAUCGAAUCCAAGUGAGACUCAUUUCAGUGUAUCACAGAACAGAGCAUCAGUGUCCAAAACCUGGAGUCAUCUUUACCCUAAAGACCGGCCGUCAUUUGUGUGCAGACCCCGAAGUCAAGUGGGUGAAGAACAACAUGAACAAAAUUGACAAACCUAAAGCAAGUGCUUAAAACCGCUCUCAUUAUAUGUAUAUAUAAACAAAGAAUCAGUCUAGUAUUGUUUAAUUAAGUGGUUGAAUCAGUCUAGUAUUGUUUAACUAAGGGUGUGGACAUGAAUUAAUGAUGUCAGGAGCUACUGUGGCAGUUCCCGUUCAGAACAGCAGAGGGCGGGCAGGUGUUACAUCAUAGCAUGCUUUAUUUGUUAUUAUUGUCCCCAUGUGUGUUAUGCCAUGCUACUCUUAUUAUUUCUUGUCUCUGUUCUUAUCAGUCAUUAUGUUCAAGCUGUACAGUUGAAGCCGUUGUGUUUUUACCUUCCCAUGUCAUAGUUAUGUUUUGUUACUCGUGUUGUAUUUUUCCCUUGUUUUUUGUUAAUAAAUAAUCAUUCUCCAUGUAGGCCUGAGUUUCUGUACACAGGUGAUCGAGACCACCUUGGAGACCCGGGUUUGAUCCCCAUUUCAGACAGGGUCUCCCGUCUGUUACAGUCGUUUCACAUUUUAAAGGCAAUGGUGUUAACCUUAAAAGAUUAAAAUGUUCAAGUGACCUUUGAUGGUGACAUUUAUUUUUAUUAUUCUUUCACAUUGUUGAGUUCCUG